CAUCUAUUGGCGACGAACGGCACGUUCAAACGGCAAAAAUCCAAAUCACACAUUUUAAGAACUUCUGCCAUAAUUUGACCAAGACAUGGGGGAUCAGCCAGUCAGAGUCUUGGCAUGUGGGGACGUUGAAGGCAGACUGACCACCCUGUUCAAUCGAGUCCAGACCAUCCAGAAGAAGACUGGACAGUUUGAUCUGCUGUUGUGUGUUGGAGAGUUUUUUGGGACGACGCCAGAGGCCGAAGCAGAGUGGCAGCAGUACAAAAGUGGAGCAAAGAAAGCUCCCAUCCACACCUACAUCCUCGGAGCGGCAAGCCAGGAGACGGUGAAGAAUUUCCCCAGCGCUGAUGGCUGUGAGCUGGCUGACAACAUCACAUAUCUCGGUCGACGAGGUGUGUUCACGGGCGUGUCAGGAUUACAGAUCGCCUACGUCAGCGGCCGGGAGGCCCUGCAGGAGCCGGCCCCGGCUCACUGCUUCACAUCCAAAGAUCUGUCGGCCCUCGUGUCUCCGCUGACCAGCAGCUCCAAGUUCAGAGGAGUCGACAUCCUGCUGACGUCACAGUGGCCCCGAGGAGUGUGGCACUACGGAAACAACCCGGAAGUGAACACGAAGCUCUGUGGAAGCAGCUCUGUCGCCAGCCUCGCGGACAAACUGAAACCACGAUACCACUUUGCUGCACUAGAGGGCGCUCACUAUGAAAGACUCCCAUACAGGAAUCACGUUGUUCUCCAGGAGAAUGCUCAGCACGUCAGCCGCUUCAUCGCCCUGGCAACCGUCAACAACCCCGCCAAGAAGAAGUAUUUGUACGCCUUCAACAUAAUCCCCAUGAAGACCAUGGAUCCAUCAGAGCUGGUGAAGCAGCCGCAGGACGUGACAGAAAGCCCCUACAGAUGCCCCGCCAAAGACAAAGACAAGACAGACAAGCAAAAGACAGGCUUCAGCACGGCCGAGGAGGAGGAGCCGGCUCGUCAGUUCUUCUUCGACAUGAACAGGAAUCAGGGCAGAGGACCUCGGGGCCGCGGCAGGAAGAGACAUUCGGACGGAGACGGACGAGGACGAGACCAGCAGCACGACGGAGACGGCCAGCCCAAACAGCCCCGCAGGCACCCUCAGCCUUCUGGUCCCUGCUGGUUCUGCCUGGCCAGUCCUCAGGUGGAGAAGCACCUUGUCAUCAGCAUAGGAACACACUGUUACCUGGCCAUGGCUAAAGGCGGCCUGACCCCUCACCACAUGCUGAUCCUCCCCAUCGGACACUACCAGUCUGUGGUGGAGCUGAGCUCGGAGGUGGUGGCCGAGAUGGAGAAGUACAAGUCGGCCGUGAAGAGCUUCUACAAGAGCAAAGGAGAGCGCUGUGUGCUGUUUGAGAGGAAUUACAGAAGUCAGCACCUGCAGCUACAGGUCGUCCCGGUGCCGCUGGACCGCUGCGCCACGGAGGACAUCAAGGAGGCGUUCAUGGUCCAGGCUCAGGAGCAACAGAUGGAGCUCAUGGAGAUUCCUCAACACACCGACUUGAAACAGAUUGCUCCUCCAGGGACUCCGUACUUCUACGUGGAGCUGGACUCAGGAGAGAAACUCUACUAUCGUAUCCAGAAACAUUUUCCUCUGCAGUUUGGAAGGGAGGUUCUGGCCAGCGAGGCGUUGCUGAACAUCCCGACUCGAGCUGACUGGAAGGAGUGUAAACAGAGCAAAGAGGAGGAGGAGGAGAGCUGCAAACAGCUGAGAGACGACUUCCAGCCUUACGACUUCGCCUGGGAAGACUAACACACACACACACACACACACACACACACACACACACACACACAGGUAGAUACAGUGACUGUACCUAUUUUUUUUUUCCACAAAAUUUCCUCCCUGAAGCUGCUAAAACAGAACAGUUUGAUAUUUUUUGGAAAUACAUGUUUUACGUUGUUGCCGAGCGUUAGAUGAGCGGAUUGAUUGACUCUCCUGCUGGGACGGUCACCGUGGAGCUGGUGGAGGUGCUGGUUGGACAGUUUGCCAAAUACACCCAAAUGUUUUAUACCAGCAUUUUCUUUUAAAGAUACCUGACAGUCAUGGAGGGAGCAGAGAUAUUAGCAGCAAACUAUUGUGUUUUAUACGUAAGGAUCAUAAAAGCCUCAGUUUACAGUUUCUUAAAGUAAAUUUUUCUGAAAUCUUUUUUCACAGUCUUUAUCAAAGUGAACUCACAAAAUGUCUAGAAGGGUUUGUAAUUCAGAAACUGGCUGCAGGAAGAAAGUGUGGCGAGAAGUGUGAGUUUAAAAAGUCAGCGGUGACUUCUGAUGCAUGAAAAGAUAUAAAAAGUCCUCCACAAUAAGACUCCUUCACAAUAAAAGUUGAAAUCGUCACAAAUUGAGGCUCUAAAAGAACUUUUAGAACUAGAACAGUUUAAAAACCAAACUGCAGCUCAGCAGCCUUUUCUGUGCAGGCUCUUUUAAGCUCAACUCUGGGAAAAUAGUUUUUAAAUGUAUUUCUGGUAUUUUGUAAAUGAUCCACAAUUAAACUCUUAUUUUGUGUU